AAGCUACAUGCGGGUAGCUGUGUUCUCUCCGGAGGUUCUCCGUCUCUACGUUUCCUGUGUACUAUUGCAUUCGCCCCACAGCUCGAAGAUGCACUGCCAGGUACAUAUUGAAGCUCGCUCCCAAAUCCAGUCGAUGCCUUGGAGGCAUCAUCGGUGGUUGAGCGUUCAGUCUUCGACUCUUCCGCGCAAACAUGGCCAGGACAUCAACUUUGGGAAGGUCCUUCUUGCAUUCGUUCGUGCGUCUUCUGUCGAUACUCGCCCUUGCUCACGCUCAGAACGCCUCAAGCUCAGUCUCCCAGUGGCCGGUGCAUAAUGAUGGCCUUAGUGACUAUGUCUCAUGGGACCACUACAGUUACAUCAUUAACGGCCAGAGGACAUUCCUCUUCGGCGGUGAGAUGCACUAUUGGAGAAUACCAGUCCCAGAAAUGUGGGGUGAUAUCCUCGAGAAGAUAAAAGCCGCCGGUUGUAAUGUGUUUACCUUCUACGGUCACUGGGGAUAUCAUGCUCCCAAUUCGACAACAUUGGACUUCGAGAAUGGUGCACAUAACUUCACGAAGUUAUUCGAACUUGCUCACAACCUUGGAUUAUACGUCUUCGUCAGACCGGGCCCCUAUAUCAACGCAGAAGCAAAUGCUGGUGGCUUUCCUCUGUGGCUGACAACAGGGGACUAUGGGACACUGAGAAACAACGACACCAGGUACACAGCAGCUUGGACUCCUUACCAGACAGAAUUCGCACACAUAGUGUCCCAAUACCAGGUAACAACUGGUGGCAAUGCUCUUACAUACCAGAUUGAAAAUGAGUAUGGGUAUCAGUGGACCAAUGCGACCUCGAAAACCCCCAACGAGAUCGGGAUUGCCUACAUGGAGCUUCUUGAAGCAAACGCCCGACAGAAUGGAAUAACCAUUCCCCUGACCCAUAACAAUCCAAAUAUGUACUCGCUAUCCUGGUCUAAGGACUAUGACACUGCCGACGUGGGUGGCGAUGUGGACAUUUACGGACUGGACUCCUACCCAGCGUGUUGGAGCUGCAACCUUGCCGAAUGCACGAGCACCAACGGUCCGUAUGUGGCUUUCGAGGUACAAGAAUACUACGACCACUUUCAGUUGGCGGCUCCUACACAGCCGGAAUUCAUGCCUGAGUUCCAAGGUGGAUCUUACAAUCCCUGGGGUGGGCCGCAAGGGGGAUGUCGCAACAACACAGAUGAGUACUUUGCUAAUCUCUACUACCGGCACAACAUUGCAGAACGAGUAACGGCAAUUUCCCUGUACAUGUUCUAUGGUGGUACGAGCUGGGGUUGGUUUGCCGCUCCUGUCACCGCUACCAGCUAUGACUAUUCGGCACCCAUCUCUGAGGAUCGCUCAAUUAGCUCCAAGUACUAUGAAACUAAGAAUUUGGCCUUGUUUACGAGAGUCGCACAGGACUUGACCUUGACAAACAGAAUUGGCAACAGUACAUCUUAUUCGACAGAUCCUGCAAUCUCGACCACGGAGCUAAGGAAUCCGGAGACAUACGCUGCAUUUUACGUGACUAUUCAUGCGAACUCCUCGUCAUCUUCUGUGGACUCGUUCAAGCUCAGCGUCAGCACGUCUGCGGGAAAUUUCACCGUUCCACAGAAAGGCAGUUCUAUCGUUCUCAAUGGUCAUCAGUCGAAGAUCGUUGUUACAGACUUCCAUUUCGGCUCAGAGACCUUGAUCUACUCGACCGCGGAGGUCCUCACAUACGCAAAUUUUGAUGACGCUCCAACGCUGGUGUUAUGGGUCCCUACUGGUGAGGGCGGCGAGUUCUACCUGAAAGCCACCACUUCCGGCUCAAUCUCUAAAUGUGAUGGCUGCUCAAAUGUCGGGUUCUAUGCAGAGAGCGACGGCCUCAUUGUCACUUUCCAGCAACAAGCAGGAUCAACCGUCCUCAGCUUCAACACAGGGACUCGAGUUGUGAUCUUAGACAGAACCUUUGCCUAUCCAUUUUGGGCACCUGCACUGAAUACAAGUCCGCUAGUAUCACCGAAUGACACCGGUAAGUGCCGGAAAUCAUAUCCCGCCCUCCAAUGUGCUGACGUUUUGGCAGUCCUAGUGCAAGGGCCAUAUCUGGUCCGUGGUGCUACCAUAAAAUCCCAAACACUUGCACUUACUGGCGAUAUCGACAGCGUGACAGAGGUUGAGAUCUUUGCUCCCAAGUCUGUGCAGUCAAUGUCGUGGAACGGGAAGUCCCUGAACACCACGGCGACCGCCUACGGAAGCCUUGUCGGUCAGUUGGCCGCGCCAGCUGGGUUUGUAGUACCACAGUUUGGUCCCUGGAAGGUGCAUGACAGUCUUCCGGAGCGUCUGACAAACUACUCCGACGCAAGUCCUGCCUGGGUCGACGCGAAUCACAAUGUUACACCGAACGUGUAUCAACCUGCGACACUGCCGGUGCUGUACGUGGACGAAUAUGGAUUCCACAAUGGCAUACACCUAUGGCGAGGAUAUUUCGACGGUCAAGCAAGCGGAGUAUUUCUCAACGUCCAAGGUGGAACGGCAUUUGGUUGGAGUGCUUGGCUGAAUGGUGUUUUCGUCGGGUCUUUCUUGGGAAACGCUUCCCUCGAGGCAGGGAAUAUGACGAUUUCCUUUUCCAACGCAACCGUCAACGCGACCGGCAACGUGCUACUUGUGGUUCAAGAUAAUAGUGGCCAUGACGAGACAACUGGUGCUCUCAACCCACGUGGAAUAACAAAUGCCACUUUGAUUGGCGAUGCGGGAUUUACCGCCUGGAAAGUCGCGGGCACCGCAGGAGGUGAUGCGGCUCCUAUCGAUCCUGUACGAGGGGAUCUUAACGAGGGUGGGCUCACAGGGGAAAGGCUUGGCUGGCAUCUCCCUGGGUUUGACGAUUCGGCUUGGGCGACCAGCUCUCCUGCAACCGGAUUCACUGGCGCAGGUGUGCAGUUCUACCGCACCACCUUCUCUCUGGCUAUUCCAUCGGUUCAAGACGUGUCACUGAGCUUCAGGCUAGGUAGCCCGGGGCCAGUCGAGUUUCGGUCUCUGCUCUUCGUCAACGGCUAUCAGUACGGGCGUUUCAAUCCGUAUAUUGGCAACCAAAUCGACUUCCCGGUCCCACCUGGUGUGCUCAACUAUAAUGGUGACAAUACGGUGGCAGUCGCGAUCUGGGCACAAACUGAAGCUGGGGCAGCGGUGGAUGUUGAUUUGAAUGUUGAAUAUGUCGCUGACACAUCGUACGACUUCACGUUCGACAGUGAUUACCUGAGACCAGCAUGGAAUGCAGCUAGGCUACAAUACGCAUGAAGGUCAAUAAAACAGCAAGAACAGCUCUAGCUAUUCAUAGUCAUAUACGUCGUGAUAGUAUUUAAGAUCAUGUGGUGGAUGUCUAGAUUAGAGCAUAGGGCGGCGUUACCCUCGUCCCCGAACGGGCUGAGCCGCGAGCAGAUUUACUUUGACCACAGCUUGACAUCAUAUGACAUCAAAUG